AUGCUUGGGAAAAUGUCACCUAAAAAAGAAAUAACCAUUUGUCCUAAUAAUUUCAUUGGUGGGUCAAGGUAUUUACAGUUUCUGAUGGUGCAAGAUCUCUCCCCUAACAAAACAUGUGAUUGCAGCAUUGAGUUCCAAGUAAAAAUGUGGCUUAAUGGCAAUUAAGGUUUCUGUUCAAAGAAUACAUAAAAAUUGUGAUUUCAUAUUGUUAUUCUGCAUAGGAUGGUUAAAAAGUGUCUUCUGCAGAGCUGUUUCUCUGCUCAUCAAAUCUUUUGUCUCGCUGCCAUUAAGUUGCCUUUGCUGUCAUUUUUUUUUUUAAGUCCCUAUGAUUCUGUGAUUUUGUUGUGGUGAGGUUUUGAUCUCACCACAUUCACUUUUCCUUUUGCUAGUUAAAUGAGUGAAACAUUUUAUAUAUUGAUGCUACAUAGAAAAUCUUUGUCCAAUCUGUAAUGGUUCAGAUUUCAAUUUCUUUGCAGAGAAUAUGGCAGAGGCUGAUACACCCAGUGACAUAAUUGUUGUUCUUGGCUGCAGGACCAGUGAAGAUGGUACCCCUUCAGAGAUGUUAAAGUCUAGAGUGCAUCGAGCAGCUGAGCUGUACACUUCAUUACAACAAAAAAAUAUUGACUGUCGAGUCGUUGUUACAGGUUAUUGUGCACAAGAUCAGGUAUUCCCUGCUCUGCCUCAUCUGGGAAACAAAAAUAAUUUUAUUCCCUGGCUCAGAAUGGUACAUACAUGACUGCAUGACACACACCUUUUCCUCUUAAAUUGGUCAGUCUUUAAUACUUCUGCUUGGAGCAAGUGUUUAUGAAUAUGAGCUGAUAUUCAAAAGCCCAUCUUAAAGUCACCUGUGGUUUCUACCUGGGCGAGAUAGUAUGCAUUGAGAACCUGGAUGAGAAUUGGGUGCUAUGCUUUUCAAAGUGCUCACCCUUUAUUAAUUGAUUUCCCCUAGUUUUCCCAUUGCAGACCAGACCACAGUCUAAAGAAGAAACAGCAACAAACAUAACCAAUUCCACAGGCCAAUUAAAGAGUGUGGAACACCCCACCUGAAUUCAGGCUCAAAUAAUAAGAAUCAAUAUCCAGUUAAGACAAAAAGAAAAAGUAUUCCCUCACUCCCAGAUGUAAAAUGGCUUUCUUUUGUUUCCUUUUAAAUAAGGAGUUAAUUUCAACAGGUUGUGACAGAAGCAAGUGCCAUAGAAAAAUAUGCGGUAGAAAACAAUCUUAUUGAUCCAAAACAUAUAAUCAAGGAGGAACAAGCAAGCAGCACAGCAGAAAAUUCCUAUUACAGUCGCAUUAUUAUAGAUCAGUUUGGUGCCAGUAAUGUCCAUGUUGUCACAACACAGUUGCACAUGGAAAGAGCAAAGAAAUUUUUUGAAAGGGUAUGUUCUUGUAACUUUGUUCACAAAUGUGACUCUGCUUUAACAGACUUCCUGGAUGGUAGGCAUUAUGGGAAGGCAGCUAUGUACUCUCAAAUAUAGGCUCCUGAGGAGAAGUUUGACCAAAUAUACAGCUUACUCCUGUUGUUCAGAAUUAGAAGAUUUACCUUUAAUAAGAAGCCGACUGUAAAUCUGGUCACCAACAGUAACUAUUAGCCAACAAAUGCUCUUGGAGGUCAAAAGAUCUGCUGACAUGACCUUCCACAGGGUGUCAACAAAUACAUCAGAUGUAACUUUUAAGAGUUCCUUUAAGUCUCCUCACUAUACAAUAUAUUGUGUUUUUUUUGUCUUUUCAGCUCUACUCACCAGAAGUUUACAACAUAAAUUACUAUGAGUGCACACAUGAGAUGAAUGAUGAAGAGAAGAAACAUGUGGAAGACAGAGAAGAAAGUUUAUUUCCCUUAAUAGAUGAGCACAUCAAAAUAAUAAUGCCCAAACUUACACUGCCUGAUGGAAAAAUGAUAGAAAUUCUUCAUUCAUCAUUGGUUCCAACAGAUGUGUUCAAUCAUGGUUUUACAACAAGAUAUGGUGGUGUCUCAACCUACAACACAUUAUCCUCUCUCAACUUGAUGUACAGUGAUAAAAGAAGAGAUCCAGACAUCAACGUCCAGGAAAAUCGUCGUAGACUAGCCUUGACUGCAAGAUUUAACCCUGAGAAAUUUCGUGUGGCUAAAUGUGUUCAUGGGGCUGAUGUGUGGGUGAUUGGAGAUCCACAACCAGACAGCUAUGAUGCCUUAGUAACUGAUAACAGGCAGUUCACAUUGGCUGCUCCAGGUGCUGACUGUCCUGUGGUGCUGUUUAGUGAUCCAGUGAAAAAGGUAAACAUCCCAGGCACCUGCUAAAACUACUGUCAAUCCAUCAGCCCUGGAAGGGAUUAACUUGUAACCUUCUCCUCACAUUAUUUAAAAGAUAUACCAGGAAAGAAAUGAAGAGAAUACUUAUCAACUACAGAGUUUGACAUUUGAAACCCUUAAAACCCAAUGGGUGAUCAGCAUCUAAUUUCUCAUAACAGUAAUUUGCUGAAUCAUUCAUUAAAAUCAUGAGAAUAAAAGAAAGGAUCACCAAGCUAAGAGGCUUGGAUUGUUAAACAAAUUCUCUUUGGCAGUACUAAGGAAAUGUAUAGAGAAGUGUAUUGAGAAUUUGGAGACUAAUGUUAGGGUAUAAAAGGUUAACAUUCUUGAAAGUAUAUUCAGGACUAAUUAUCUUUUAACUAAGUACCUUUUUAUUUUUGUGGAAUUUAUAGUUGGUGUUUCUUCAAUUAUGGUUGUUCUCAGGUUUGUGGUGCUGCUCACUCUGGGUGGCGUGGAACAUUAGCCAUGAUUGGUGCUGCUGUUGUUGAUGUAAUGUUGACAAGGUUUGAAUGUAAAGUAAAAAAUAUUCAAGUUGCUAUUGGACCCUCAAUUGGCCCUUGCUGCUUCGAAGUUGGGGAGGAAGAGGCUGAAAAAUUUGCUGAGGCAUUCAAUGAUAGUGUUGUGGUGCGAAAGGAUGGUUCACCACGCCCAUUUAUUGAUCUUCGCCUUUCCAUUAGAAUGCAACUUGAGAAAAAAGGAGUGCUUCCAAAGAACAUUGAUGAUAAUACAAGGUAAUUGGAAGAAAGGAAUAAUCAAUUAUUCAAAUUCUAUUUUCAUUUCAUGGUUUGUUUUAGAAAUUUAUGCAACAGCUUCACAAGCAUUAUUGAUCCUCAGUGGGUAACAUUUGAAGAUCAGAUUUUGCCACUCGGAUAGGGAUUCAGAUAACUUCAAUUUACAGAGGUCAUUCCAAAUGCUUUUGCUUUUCUCAGGGGAGGAAAUUCGAUAUCAAGACAUUAACCCUUUAACAAAUACAGUGACCAGCUUCUAACUUUUCCUUUCAGUAUCACCACUAAAUCAAAUAUCAAAGUCAUAAUAGCAGAGCUCGCAGAGUGUAGCCCCAUAAUUAUACGAAAUAGUAGUAACCCAUCAAGCUGAAAAAAUUUGGUUGUACGACCGUACGACCAUACAAGAUGCCACUUAUAACAUGUGUGGUCAACUGUACCGCGAGCACGUCAACGCCACGGCUUUGUCCAGUAGUCCAGUGGUCAGUGCACUGGGCUCCAAGUCGGACAACCCGGGUUCUAUUCCUGGCCAGGGCAAGGCCUUGAGAUGUGCAGGAAAAAAAAAAAUGCGAGCUCCACUUUUAGGCUUGGCUAAUUCUAUAUAUUGGUCAAAUAUGAUAGCCAACUAAAGCUCUUUGAUUGUUAUACAAAUUCUCCUUGUCAGUACUAUGGAAAUUUACAGAGAACAGUAUGGGGAAUAUGGACUAAUGUUAGGGUGUAAAGAGUUAAAAGAGAAGGCUUGGAUUUAGAGCUUGUUUCACAAUCUGCACAAUGAGUGAUUUGGAAGUACUGUUGUCUAAAAAGUACCAAAGAACAUGCAUUAAGGCUCUUUUUUUUAAUGUAAUCACAUUAUGAAGUACUGUAUUCUCUCUGAAGAGGGCGUAAAAUAACCACAGGCCACCCACUCCAAAACCUCACCAAUCAUCCUUACUGUAUUCUCUCAGAAGAGGGUGCAAAAUAUCCACAGGCCACCCACUCUCAACCCCUAUGACAAUUCAACAAUAAUGCAUUCCUUAUCUUCUACUGAAAGGAACUUUGUGGAAAUUCCCCGAAAAAACAAUGCAGUAUUGGUUUCCAACUUUUUAAUGUUACUGUAGUGUGGGAUGGAUCAGGUUUGCAGGUAGAAUUUUCAAUUAAAAGGAGUGCUACAGCAGUGUCUUACAAGAAAAGGCAUGCCAGUUUGUUUAAUCAUUACAAGGUAUCACUUUGUGUUAAAAAGUAUAAGGGGGCAGCCCAGAAUACCCUGCAACUACACCAUUGUCUUUGGUAGCACUGGGAAUUGACUAGAAGUAGAGAGGAACAUGCUUUUUUUUCCUUUUACAGAGCAACUGAUGAUGCCUCAAAAUCUCAGCACCCAACUCAAUGUACACGUUGUGACCCCCAGCAAAGAUUCUUCUCAUUCCGACGAGAUGGUAGCCAGUAUGGAACACAAGUUGCUUUUAUCAGCCUCAGAGAAUCAGAUGAUUCUGCCUGUAACAUUUUAUAAUUUACUUGAUCAAUUAAUGAACUGGGUGGGAAUUUUUGCCACAUUAAAACUAUUGUAAAAAUUGGAUAGUGCAUAUGAGAGGUCAAAUAUAAGGAAAAAAAGGAAAGCAUGAAUUCUUUUUUUUUAAUUAGUAUGUGCAUUUAAUAAAUUGUAGUUAAGUCAUAUUCUGCUGUCAGAAUACAGCCAACUCAUGAAUGAAAGCUCCCAAGGAGUCUUGGACAAUUAACCCCCUAAUUCACAACCCUAAAUAUAUCAUUAAGACAAAGGGGGUAUUUACCUCUUCACGAUACUCUACUCUGCUUUACCUUAUGUAAUUUUUUUUUCCUUUCAUUCUAAAACUGGUUUGUACAUUUAAUAGCCCUAAAAUCACUCAAUUAAGUCUCUGACUCUUACAUAAUGUGUUCCAGCCAUAAUUAAAUUAUGUGCUUGGCUCUUGGCACAUUCUUUCAUCAGAAAGAAUCAUAGAAAAAGCAAACACUGCAUUGCUACACCUAUAAUUAAGUAACUGUAUUCCAUAUUCAUCUCGCAUAUAAAGCCAGUGUGUGAGUUGUUGGCUGUAAAAUCACUCACUUCUGUUUAUCACCUCUUUGUAAUGUAUCCCAGCUAAAUCACAAGCAUAUUCCAGGCUGCCUAGUACACUUUUAUACUGGAGUUUGGCUAUAUAGUAAUUGAAAUUUUAAGAAUGCUUCACUGGAAAGAGUAAAUGAAAGGAAGUAAUUAAAUUUUUUAUAAUCAAUUUAGAAGCAAAUUCUUUACAGGUGUAUUGUUGGAGUAUGUUAUUUUUAUGGAAUGCAGAUUGCUUAAUUUUCUGCACUAAUUUUUGUUUCCUACAACUAUUUUUAAUAAAGCAUAAUUUAAGGGCAGAGUACUUCAAUAAAGUCAUUGUAGUUUGGAAAGUGGGGUCUCUGAGUAUCUGAAGAUGCUGAAUUAAAUGCAUGAAAUCAAUUAUGAAGCAAAAUUACUUGUACAUUGCUAAUGUCGUGGAAGUUAUUGAUAUCAAGGCCACAAUUCCACGUUUUCAGUGCCAUGAUUUUAGAUAUUCAUCAGCUGAGAGGUGUUCUAUUUGCCUCUAAC